AUGUGUUCAUAUCCAAUUAUUGAAAAUAUAACAUUAUCAUUAUCGAAUAUUUCGGAUGAUAUAUUUAAAUUAAUAUCUAAAAUUAGACCUGAUUGGAAUUCGUCAAAUACUCGCUUGAUAACAUUUACAGAAGGUAUAACAAAUGCAAUUUUAGGACUUUUUGAUAGUAGAACAUCUGAUAAUGAAUCGAAAGGAGUAAUUAUAAAAAUAUUUGGUUCAAAAACAGAAUUAUUUAUUGAUCGUUCAGAAGAAAUCGAUGCCAUGAUUAAAUUAUCUGAAUGUGGUGUUUUAUCGCAACAUAUUCUUAUAAAAUUCAAUAAUGGCAUUGUAUAUGACUUUACCAAUGGUAAACCAUGUUCAAGGGAUGACGUAAGAAAAGAAAAUAUUUCCAAAUUGAUUGCUAUUAAACUUGCGCAAAUGCAUUCCGUACCCAUAGAAAAAUAUGAAACACCUCAUAUUAUUUUACUUUUAAGAAAAUUUAUUCAAUUAAUCAGUGAAAAUGAACAAUCAAAGAAAGAAAUUUCAUCGAUAAUAUCGGACAUCGAUAUUAUUGAACAACAUAUUCUUACCGACAUUGUUCCAAAUGCAGAAUUAGGUAAAGAUCUUGUUUAUUGUCAUAAUGAUUUACUUGUGAAAAAUAUAAUUUAUGAUGAAAAAAAUGAAAAAAUAUCAUUUAUUGAUUUUGAAUAUACACAUUUAAAUUAUUAUUUAUUUGAUAUUGCAAAUCAUUUUGUUGAAUAUGCUGGUGUUGAUGAUGCUAAUUUUGAUUUAUAUCCAACACUUGAUGAACAAAAACGAUGGUUAAAUAUUUAUUUUCACAAUCGUCCAAUGAAUCAACCAAUAGAUAUUGAUGAUCUAUGUCAUCGUAUUAAUCGAUUUGCAGCACUUUCGCAUUUAAUGUGGGGACUUUGGGCAUUAGUUCAAUCACGUUUAUCACAAAUUGAUUUUGAUUAUGCUAAUUAUGGAAAAGUAAGAUUAGAUUGUUACCAAAAAUUAAGAACGAUUCUUUUUGAAAAUAUUCAUAAUUGA